AUGCUCGGAUCAAAACCCUCUGCGAACGGCUUGGCGAGCUCUGCGCGAAGCGUUGCAGCCUUUGCGGGAGGAAACAUGUCGACAGGCGUCACUUCAGCGCUCUCGAGGAAGAAAGCGGUCUCUGCACGAGUGGAGUCUGGGCGCCUGUGUAGGAAAAGCACCAGAACUUCAUUCUUUGAACGCUGGGGUUUCUCGAAGAGUUCGAGUGCAUGGCACCCGAACGUGGUCAAGAUGGGACGCCUUGCGCUGGCAUUCCUCACUCUGUACGACAAGGAGCAAUCACAUAUCUUUAACGUCACCCCGGGAGUAGACCUUGAUUUAAAGCAGUAUUGGCACUGCAUGGACUUCCUGCGGACAGUCUCCUUCGGGUCCGAAGCUUCGUGGCGGCGGUUUGGGCUCGGAGGAAUUGGCUCCGGCAAGGCACUCAGAAGCGAGGAUGUGCUUGGAAAUGCAUCAUCAUUGUGGGUCUGA